CAGUUACCCGCCGCCGCUCCGGUGCUGCUCCGUUGUCCCGGGUGGUAGAAGAAGGAUGAGUCCCGGGCCUUGAGGUGCCCGAGUCCCGCGCGCAUCUCAGCCCCAGGCCCAACUUUCUGCACCACUAGCAGCACCCUGCCCAGCGCAGCGGGGAGAGACCUGAGGCUGGCUGGGAGGGCGGCAGGCCAGGGCACCGAGGUCAAGGGGUAGGGCCGUUGGAGAACGGAGAGUCGCCUACGCGCGGCCCCUCUGGUUGGUUUGAGUUGGUGUGACUGUCGUCCACCCCCCCACCGCCCGCGUAGACGCGCUUCUGGAGACAGGAACCUCAGUGUUGGCUACAGAAAGACUCAAGAGUGAGAAACAGCGAGACCUGGUCUUGGUGACAGGUGGUCCAGGAUGGGUUCCUGAUUACCAUUCUAGGUCAAAGGAAGCCAGCGUGGGCUUGAGGGAUGCACAUCCUCUUCCUCAAGGGGAGAUCUGAGAACCUCCUUGGCACGGUAUAGAUGCCGCCCUUACCUGUCCUUAUGCAGAUGCUGCCCCAGCUUUCUGGCAACUCCCUGGUGAGGCUGGCAGUCAGGGAAAGCAAGCGGAAGGAUGAUGUCACUGUCGGGGUGCCCUGAGAGGACAGGGGGCAGGGUUGAGACCUCACCAGCACUGAUGCAGAGGGAGCCCUUCAGGGAUGGAGAGUGGCCUGGCUGGCAAUGGCUCAGGAGAUGGACUGGCAGGGAUCAAGCAGGAGAAGCCAGACUGGCUGUUGCAGACUGUGGUGUCUCAGGCCUCACUUCCAGAGAAAGACAAGGAAAACAUAUUUCAGCAGCUGGGGGGCCUCCCACUGUGCCAGACCAUGGGGCGACCCUGGGCUCUGGGGUCACAGGAGGAGGUUGGGGGUACAUGGUGGGCCCCACCCCCUGAGCAGGAUGCACAGCUGGCCGCUCGAGUUCCAGGGACAGCUCCAAGCCCUCUGAGCCCCGCACUUUCUGGGGGUGGGGGUCACUUUGUGUGCAUGGAUUGUGGGAAAAGGUUCAGCUGGUGGUCCUCCCUGAAGAUUCACCAGCGCACACACACGGGCGAGAAGCCUUACCGCUGCAGCAAGUGUGGCAAGAGCUUUAGUCAGAAGCCCAACCUGGAGCGCCACCAGCGCCACCACACUGGCGAGAGGCCCUUCUGCUGCCUAGAGUGCCCAAGACGCUUCAGUCAGAAACAGCACCUGCUCAAGCACCAGAAGACUCACUCUCGGCCCACCACCCACCCGUGUCCAGAAUGUGAGCGCUGCUUCCGGCACCACGUGGGCCUCCGGAUCCAUCUGCGAGCGCAUGCCCGUGACCGCCUGGGUGUCCGUGUCAGCUUGCAUGAAAUGCUACGUUACGCUGCACGCCGCCGGGCCUGUCGCUUGCGCCCUGGAUCCCCACGCGGGCGCCCCGAGUGGGUGUGGCUGGGACUCUACCAGGGCUGGUGGGGUCAGCACAAGGUACGGACAGCAGCCCACAGCCGCUUGUGUCCCAGUGAGCAACGCCAAUUCAUCUGCAACGAGUGCGGCAAAAGCUUCACGUGGUGGUCAUCACUGAAUAUCCACCAGCGCAUCCACACAGGUGAGCGACCCUACGCGUGCCCUGAGUGCGGCCGCCGCUUCAGCCAGAAGCCCAACCUCACAAGGCACCUGCGCAACCACACUGGCGAGAGGCCGCACCCAUGUUCUCACUGUGGCCGCAGCUUCCGCCAGAAGCAGCACCUGCUCAAGCAUUUGCGCACGCACCUACCUGGAGCUCAGGCUGCAAGGUGCACCAGCUGCGGACAGAACUGCCCCAGCCGUGCCGCACUGCGGGCCCACCAGCGAAUGCAUGCUGCUACAGAGCUGCUGCGUUCGCGGUCUGCUGUCCAGGGUGGCGUGCCCGGUUCAGAGUCCCAAGCCGAGAUUGUCCGGAGUGUGGCUGUGAAGUCCCCUGGUUCCCAGGCUGCCAAGGGGUGCGAGACCCUGGCUGUAUCCGGUGAGCAGCGCCAGUUCAUCUGUAACGAGUGCGGCAAGAGCUUCUCGUGGUGGUCAGCGCUCACCAUCCACCAGCGCAUCCACACCGGCGAGCGGCCCUAUGCGUGCCCGGACUGUGGCCGCUGUUUCAGCCAGAAGCCCAACCUCACCCGACACCGGCGCAACCACACCGGUGAGAGACCCUACCUGUGCACUGCCUGUGGCCGCGGAUUCCGUCAAAAGCAGCAUCUGCUCAAGCAUCAACGUGUGCAUCGCGGAGCUCAGGCACCACACCCUGGCCCAGAGGAGGAAGAGCUGUAGUGUGUGCUCGGGAUGAUUUGAUGGUCUCUGUUUUGAGUGUCUCGCUGCUCAUGGUGCUAGGUAUGGCAGACCUGGCCAUAGAACUGACAACGUGUUUGAUGGUUAAUGGAUAUGGGGUACAGUCUCAUGGUCUCAGCCAUAGCUGGGCUGCUUGGGAACGUGGCUGUGCAAGAGUGUGGCCUCUGUUCCAAGUGUGUGGUUCCUGUGACUUGGAGAAAAAUGAAGGACUGGAUAUUCCA